GUGAAAGAAAAUUAUGAGAUGGAUGAAAGGCAAGGGCAGUGAUCAUUGGAUCGAUAAGACGUCAAUCACUGUUGGUAUAGAUGAUGAUCAGAGGAUUGAGGGAUUGAAAUAAGAGAUCGAAGAACUCUGUCAUUAAACACUCGAGAUGAAAUCGAAGGAAGUGAGAGAUCUGUCAAUCACUGUCACUGCUUUUUACAUGAAAAUCGCUGGAUUUUGGACAUCGAGUAAUUACGUGGAGGAACGACGAAGGAACGUUACCAUGAGUUACACGUUGUUUGCGAUACUGUUCGCUGCGACCACCGAGGCCAGGGAUUUGUACUUCUCUUGGGGAAAUUUUAGCGAUUCGAUUUAUGUCACGUGCAACAUUAUAACUGUGUCUCUGGUUUUGAUCAAACUGUUAACAUCGUUUAUAUAUAACGAGGAGCUGCUUGGCAUAAUUCAUUAUGCGAAAACAAAUUUUUGGCAUUCGAAUUACGACACGAGCGAAAAAUUGAUAAUGAACAAGUGUCAACGUACUUGUAACUACCUCGUCUUCGUCUUUACUUUCUUCGCCCAGGGGACGGUUUUAGGUUUCAUAUUGAGGCCAAUUCUGGUGAAUCGUGGAAAAAACGAAUCGGACAGAAUACUUCCGUUCAAUAUGUGGCUCGAGUUGCCAUUGUCAAUCACGCCAUAUUUUGAAGUAAUGUUUGUUGUACAGGUCGUAUUCGUGUAUCACGUCUGUGUGUGCUACCACUGCUUCGACAGCCUUUUGUGCAUUUUAAAUUUGCACACUGCCAGCCAGUUUCGUAUCUUGCAAUACAGAUUUGCCAAUACGUGCAACGGACACGAGAAAAGGGAAAAGCGCUAUGAAAUUUACGAUGAAAAAUCGGCACGCACUUUCUACGAAUACGCAAAGCUCAAAGCUUACAUUCGACAGCAUCAAGCUCUUAUCGAAUAUUGCAAAAAAUUGGAAGAAGUGUUCAAUUCAAUAGUAUUUGGACAGGUGUUACUUUUCAGCUUGUUGAUGUGCCUCGAUGGAUACCUGAUACUCAUGGAAGAUACCCCUUUUGGAAGACGCGUCACUUUCGCGUUUCACAUAACGGGUUGCAUCUGUCAACUGUUGAUGUUCACGUACAGUUGCGAUUGCUUGAUAAGAGACAGUAUGGAUAUAGCUGAUGCCGCGUACAAUUGUUUGUGGUCGUUCUUGCCGAUGGAUAAAUACGGGAAAAUGAUACGAAAAGAUUUGAUGUUCGUUAUCACAAGGUCGAGAACACCGUGUUGCCUCACUGCGUGCGGAUUUUUCGCUGUGUCACUCGAAACGUAUACCAGAAUUUUGAGUACCGCGAUGUCAUACUUCACAUUGCUGAGAAACCAAUCCGAAAAUACAGUUAAAACAUAAUUGGCUAAAUGGCAUCAGUUUCGAAUAUAUAAAAAUCGUAAUGAAUUUGAAUUAUGAGAUGUACAUUUAAUUUCGAAUUAUAUUUAUGUGUGAAAAGGAAUAAAAAUAAAAUUUCGUUAACAAAAAAAA